AUGGCAGUGGAAUCGAGAUGGAUGCCGUGUCAGCUGAAAAUCGAGCCGAACAUCUGCAGCUGCGAGUACGACGGCAUAAUCCUGGUGUCGGGGUGCGCGCCGGGGUUCGACGAGCCGGAGCCGUUCAAAACGGUCCUGUUCUGCGCUGCCCAAAUCGAUUCCGCCCUGGGCGUGAUCGGUGCGGUUUUGCCCAUCAAUUUGCCCGCGAAAAGGCUAAUUUACAGUCCGACCGGCCCGCUUAACAUGGAUUACCACGACGUGCGUAGCUUUGCCGAGGCGGCCACCAAAGGGAUUCAGAGAGCGUUGAAAGCUGGGGUGAGGUGUCCGCUGUUCGCGCUUCUACCAGACAUCCGCUUCGAGAAUGUCGAGCUGGUUACGCUCCUCGGCGCUCUGGAAGGACUGUACGUCCCGUUGGAGGUGCGAGAGACGUGCCCGGAUCGGUGCUACAAGGCUUGUCAACUGGGCGUCUGGAGUCCGAUUUGCAGUAAGAAGCUUCAGGGUAUCGUGAAGCUGGCCUCGGCGCUCGAAAGCGGAAGAUUCGUCGCGAGAGACAUCGGCGGCGCGGACCCGGAAAGAAUGGCACCACCGAGGGUUGAACAGUACUUGGCGGAGCUAUUUUGUGGCUCGAACGUGACGAUGCAGGUGGUGUGCGACCAGGAAACGCUUCUCCAAGAAUACCCACUGUUCGCGUGCGUGAACCGAGCCGCCUCUAUGAUACCUCGGCACGCCGGCAGGAUUAUCUUCCUGACCUAUGAGCCGCCUAAUCCCGCCUGUAUCCUGGAAACGGUGAUGCUCGUGGGAAAGGGUGUCACUUACGACACCGGCGGCGUAGACAUCAAGACCAAAGGCAACAUGUUCGGCAUGUCCAGAGACAAAUGCGGCGCCGCGGCCUGCAUCGGAUUCAUGCAGGUGGUAAAUUUACUGCAACCGCCGACUGUGAAAGCGGUGGCGGCUUUGUGCGUGGUGAGGAACAGCACCGGGGAGAAUGCGUUCGUCUCCGACGAGGUGAUCACCGCGAAAUCCGGGGUGAGGGUACGUGUCGGGAAUACGGACUCCGAGGGUCGUCUGGCGAUGGCCGAUGCCCUCUGUCACAUGAAAGAAAUGGCCCUAUGCUCGGUUAAUCCGCACAUAUUCACCGUGGCGACGCUCACGCCUCACGCGAUAUUCACCGUCGGCCGUGGAUACUCGAUCGUUUUGGACAACGCUGUUGCACGGUUAGUCAGCAACGCGGAGAAACUUCAGGCGUCUGGAGAAACGAUGGGCGAUCCGUUCGAGAUAUCGAGGAUACGUAGGGAGGAUUUCUACUUCCACGAGGGCCGAACAGAAGGCGAUGAUAUAUUCCAGUCGAGUUGCAAACCGACCACCUCGAUACACAGGGGUCACCAGGGUCCAUCGGCUUUCCUGAUCAUGGCCUCUGGCUUGGACAAGCACGGAGCCUGUAGCUGUUCGCCCUUAAAAUACACGCACAUCGACCUGUUCGGACAUCUGCCUGAUCCUCACGAGCUGCCCUACAGCGGCAAUCCCGUCCUAGCCCUCGCUUACUGUUACCUAAUCCAGGGGAAGUGCCUCACCGUCAGGAACGAUCUGCCCUUCGAGAUGCAAUACGUUUGCGAGGUCGAUUGCAAGCCCGUCUGCCUUCAACCGUGUCAGCCCUGUUUACCGUGUCCCAACACUUGCUCCACCGCCGUUACCUGCGCCUGUUGCCCGCCCUGUCAACCCUGCGAUCCCUGCUGUCCCACGGCUUGCGCCCCCGCGUGCCCACCCUGCGGAGAGAAUGUUACCCUCGUUCAGCCCGCCUGCAGGCCGAACGUUCCAAAAGACGUUUGCGGUUGA